AUGCUGGCGACGAGCCGGCCCUUGGUCGCGGCGGCGUCCGCACUUCCCAACUCCGGCCUGCCGCGCCGCACGUACACUGUGCAGGCUAUCAAGCCACUAGGCGGAGGAGGCGGCGGCUACGUGGCAUGCCACAGCAGGGCUUACCCGUACGCUGUGUACGAGUGCCACAUGAUGGAGGGCUCGUCCGAGGAGGCGUACGUCGUCUCCAUCCGCGGCGGCAGCGGCCUCCCUACCGUGGACAUGGCGGCGGUGUGCCACUUCGACACCUCUAAUUGGAUCCCAGCUCACCCAGCCUUCAAGAUCCUGGGCACCCACCCCGGCGGCUCGCCCGUGUGCCACUUUCUUCCCUACGCCGACCUCAUGUUCGGCGUGAAGAUGGCCGACAAUGCAUAGAAUCUUAACAACAAACUACGUACAAGCAGAGAUGACCUAAAUGUCAUUAGCAAGAAUAAAAAGUACUCGUAGUCUAUUUGAUCAUUAUCUAUCCGUAAGUUGGCUAUACCCCACAUCUUUAUCUUUAUCUUUAUCUAAAAAUAAAGGGAAAAAGUUUUCAUA